AUGCGCGGUCAGGUGACCUCGGGCCCCGAGCUGCGCCAAGCCGUGCACGUGAUCUGCCGCGGGCAGUCGUCGGACCCGUUUCGCGCCGAAGACGCUCUGGACCGCGGGCGCGGCAAUCGACGUCAAUCGUCCAGUCUGAGCAUAGCAUUAUUAUUGUGGGAGCCCAAUUCAACAAACCUCACACGCUCCACCAGUCCUUUCUUUCUCCGACAAUCGAGUUAUGGUGUGAUUUCGCUCUCUCUCUGCUGGUUUUUCUCGCCAUACUGCUCCCAAUUACUUCAGACUGUCAACAUGCGACGGCUUGUGGCUUUACGCAAUGCGCCUCGCUUGACAUCUCCCACGAGUUUGUCUCUCUCGGGAGCUCCGUUCAUACCUCAUGCUCUCUAUACUCGUUCCUUGCGCCCCCUUUCCGCUUGCAGCUUCCAUACGCUUCGCCCGAGCUCGCCGAGCAACCAUCGCUUAUUUGACAGGGCACACAUAAACGAUCAACCUCUACAUGGCCUAUCACGCGAAAGAGCAAUCCAAUCGUCUCCUUUCUCAAGUUCGACUACACUCAACAACGGCGGCAAUGAUUGGGAGGACAAUCCCAACUUGUCCAUUUCCACCUUCUCGGAGCUACCUUCCAAAAACUUCGGAGUCAACCAACACAUGAUAAUCAAUGAAGAAUUCAAGGAAGCACUGCGCCAGAUACUGUGGAGGUUCCGUGCCCCGAUCCGCUAUGCCUUUGCCUACGGUUCUGGGGUAUUCUCACAAACCGCCGCCCCAGGGAUUGGACCGGGUCAUCCGUCGCCGCCCCAGGCUAUUCGGAAUGUCCAACAAGGGAAAGGGAAAAUGAUUGACUUCAUCUUCGGGGUUUCGCAUACCCAGCAUUGGCAUUCGCUCAACCUACAGGAGCACCGCGACCAUUAUUCCGCUCUAGGGUCAUUGGGGUCCUACGCUGUCUCUCAGGUCCAGGACAACUGGGGUGCCGGCGUCUAUUUCAAUCCAUUUGUGACGGUGAAUGGCACAUUAAUCAAAUAUGGUGUGGUCAAUAUCGAUACACUAUGCAAAGACCUCAGUCAGUGGGACACCAUGUAUCUCGCCGGUCGCUUGCAAAAACCCGUGAAAAUCCUCCGGGACCACCCGAGUGUGCGACUGGCUAAUCAAGUCAACUUGAUAUCUGCGCUGCGUCUUGCGCUUCUUCUCCUGCCAGAAACGUUUUCCGAACAUCAACUCUAUACCACGAUUGCCGGACUCAGCUAUAUGGGCGAUCCCCGUAUGACGGUAUCCGCAGAAGAUCCGAGCAAGGUCAACAAUAUUGUGACUGGGCAGAUGGAUUACUUUCGCCGCCUAUAUGCUCCGUUGAUUGAAAACUUGCCCAAUUGUGACUUCAACGACCCUCGCUGUACCGAGUCGGACUGGAUUGAUGAUCCGGAGGCCAAUGUACAGUUGAACCAGGACAUGGACCCUGUCAAACGAGGAAAUAUGGUUCGCCGCCUUCCCAAAUCUUUUAGGGAAAGACUAUACUUUCAGUAUCAGGGGCGCUAUCAAAUCCCUCGAGCAGAGUUUCUCAAGAUGAUGGAGAAAGCCAAUGACGAAGAUCCAAACCGCAUUCACCGCCGACAAGGCGGGCCUUUUGAGCAGCGUGUUGCUGCCGAUGACUCCCUGAAGGAGGAACUUCACACCGCCAUCACCAAGACGAUCCGGUGGCCGGCAACUAUGCAGACGAUCAAGAGUGCGUUAACCGCAGGGGUUGGCAGAGCGUGGACAUAUGUCCGUGAAAAGCGAAAAAAGCACUCCGACUCGAAGAACAAACCGCAACCCCCCAAGUCAGACCCCGAGACGGUGCAAUCGUCCGAGUCCUCUAAGACGUCUGAACCCAAAAAAGGAUGA